GAAUGUUUUACAUUCAAACACAUUUCGGCAUCCAACCCUUUUAAAUUAUGUCAAAUAAAUAGUUCUUGUUUAAAGAAGUUUCUUAAGCAAUCACCAUCGCCAUGAAUCAUUAUUGCGCACUGAGCAUGACCAAGCCCGUGCUAUGCGUUGGCAAUCUAUCCAUGGAUAUAAUUACCAUAUGCAAAGAGCAGCCAGAAAAGGGCAAAGAAAAUUGCAGCCUCGAAACGUAUUGGCAACGCGGUGGACACGCGAGCAUUGUCAGCUUUGUGCUGAGUCUGCUGAAUGCGCAAUCCGAGUUCCUCGGCAUGCUCAGUCGAUCGCCGAUCCUGAGUGCCAUCAUCACCGAAAUGCAGGGCAAAGGCAUCGAGAUGAUGCAUUGCCCCAAAACCGAUGAGGAUCCCGCAUUCAGUACCAUCAUGGUGAGCAAAAAGCCCCGCAGCAGCAGUGUCAUCCAUUGCAAUCGAGGGUUUCCGUAUUGUCGCUACAAGGACUUUAAGCAGCUGGAUCUCAGCCGAUUUGGCUGGGUGCACUUCGAGGCACGCAACGUCAUUGAAACGGUGCAAAUGGUGCGCGCUGUGCUCGACUACAACAAUGGCAAAAAAGGAACGCAUACUCACAUCGUUACGGGUAAAUUCGGGAUACCUCGAGAAUACGACCUUGCUUCAUUUGCUCGUGGGGUCCCAAGGGGGGCGGGCUGCCUCACUGGGGAAGGUGUCUACCACGAGAUGCCACCGUAUAAGCCGCAACACAUUGUCGACACUCACGGCGCUGGGGCAUGCUUCACGGCUGGCUUCAUCUAUGCCACGUAUAUACGAUCCAUGAGUCUGUCGGAUGCCGUGGAGUUUGCCAAUCGUGUUGCGGGCCAUAAGAUAACCGACUUUGGCUACAAUCACAUUGCCAAGCUCAACAUUUAUCCCAUCGAUGUGACGAAAGCCGAUGUCGAUGUGCCAUCGGCUCAAUACUCUGAGGACAGCGAGGCUGAGGCGGUCAUCUGCAGAAAGUAUCUGAAUCGCAAAAUUAACUAUUCGGAUGGCAAAUAUGCCACGCAAUUGCUGGAGAAUCCAUUUCUCAAUCAAUAUGCCAAGCCCGAUGCUGAUGAAUUAUCUGAAAAGAAUAUUUAUCCAGCCUACAAAUCCAGUAUAUCGACAAUGAAGUCAUCACUUAUAUCCAAAAGCGUGCAAAUCAAAUUGAAGCGAAACGUUUCGACACCCAACUGAAAAAGAUCUUUCAGUUUAGUUUAAUUUUUUUUUUUGUCGUUUCGAUACUUAAUAAAUAAUACAAUUUUUCAAAUA